AUUUGGAGGGAAGAGGAAUUGGAUGUCCAAACACUACUUCACUCUCUGUCUUUGUCCCCUCACUUCUCUCAAUUCUCUGUUCCAUUCUCUUCUAUUUCUUCUCAUCCCUCUUCUUUUAAGUAGUUAGUGGAGAGGAGAGAAAAGAAAGAAAAUAUGAUCAAAAAACUAAUCAAACAAGAGAUGGAUCAUGAAGAAGAUCAUUUGAAGAAGAUGAGCCAACAGUUUUGGAGGACAAUGAAAGUUCCCGAGCUUUCAUUGGCUCCAACACGGUGUGUGGUCGAUGAUAUCACUAAUAAUUCAUUGCCAGAUUCCGAAAAUUACAAUCUGUCCAGGAAGAGGAAGUCCUAUUCUGAUCGUCUGCUCAAGAGUAGUACUACUUCUCAACCCUUGAGUCGUCAAACAAGUACUGUUGAUCUUCAGCUCAAAGACCCUCUGCCAUUGGAUUGGGAACAAUGCCUUGAUCUUGAAUCAGGAAGAAUGUAUUAUCUGAACAGAAAAACAUUGAAGAAGAGUUGGGAGUGGCCUGAAGACCAAAACCUAGACCUCGAACUCAACAUCUCAACUAGUUCUGAGCAAUAUUGCAGCAGCUCUGGGACUCUUCAAGAUGCCAAGAAGCAACAACAACAACAACAACAUUCCUCUACCAAUAAUAACAUGGUAGCUUUGGCUUGUUUGAAUUGUCAUCUCCUUGUCAUUCUAUCUAAAUCCUCUCCCUCUUGCCCUAACUGCAAGUAUGUCCACUCCCUCCCACCACCACCACCAUCUACAAUCCCUGGCACUGCCAAGUCCCUCGACACCUUAAGCCUCUUGAACUAAUCGAGUACGUGGCAUCGUGAAAAUGUUCAACCCUUUGAUCAAAUUGAACUUAUAUAUGGCGAUCGAGACUAGAUAGAAUCAACCUUACCUUGCAUCGAGGUCUGUGACCUAGUGUAUCAAAGAGCACAAUGGGAUUUCUUGGCUUGGACAAAAGUAAAAAAAAAGAAAAGAAAAAAGGAAAAAGUAUUUCAUGUUUUUACUGUUGGAUCUAGCUAUGAGACUCGGCAAUUACUAUGUAUCAGCUAGCUAAAAGUUAGUAGUCUAUUUAAGAUGUCCAAGUGUACAUAUGGCAAGUAUUAAUGAGUAACGUUGGAUGUCCCUUUUCACACU